AUGGCCGAUAAUUAUAAUGGCAGUUCAAGAAUCAAGUCAACGUGUUGGCCAUUGGCAUGCUUCAAAGCUCGCGGUCAAGGGCCAGACCCUCCUCCAGAAACCUGCGAAGCAACUGUUCGUGAAAGUUCGAGCCAAACCCGUAGUAGAGUCUUGCAGGCCAUGCGGAAAUUUACCAAAGUCAUUACCAAGAAAAUUUCUCGACGCUUCAAGUGUUCCCGCAAUCGCAUCUCUGCGGUCCAGAAUGAGAAUGUCGACCUUCAAGGUGCUUCAUCGAAUCAGAAUAUCGAGAAUACAUCACAUCCGCAUCCUUCCACCGGCGAUGAGCAUCCCACCACAGCUGAGAUUCCUAGCGACUCCAUGAACCAAGGGCUGUCCGGAGAGCCUGCUUCGCAGGUUCACGCUGCUCCUUCUGACAAGGAGGAAGGUCGUGAUCCCAAAUUAGUUGACGCUGAACUUCAGGGUGCCUGUGAUAGUAUGCAAAGCAUGGGGUUACUUGGAAGACGCGCGACUUCUGCGGCAUCCGCCGCCGUCAAUGCCCCAGCGGUUCUCGCUGUCGCGGAUGAUUAUGACACAUAUCUCCAACCCCUGAAGGGUAUUGACACUGUCAUUGAGAAGAUCGCAAAUGUGCAUCCGUACGCAAAGAUGGCGCUGGGUGUGCUGUCUGUUGCAUCCAAAAUCAUAAUCGCUCAAGCAGAGCGCGAC